AUGGGUGACGAGGAAGUUCAAGCUUUAGUUGUUGACAACGGUUCAGGUAAUGUAAAGGCUGGGGUUGCAGGAGAUGACGCACCCCGUUCAGUUUUCCCAAGUAUAGUUGGUAGGCCAAAGAAUCCAGGAAUUAUGGUAGGCAUGGAAGAGAAGGAUGCAUUUGUUGGUGAUGAAGCACAAACGAAAAGAGGUAUUUUGACUUUAAAAUAUCCUAUAGAACAUGGGAUAGUGACCAACUGGGAUGAUAUGGAAAAGAUAUGGCACCACACUUUUUAUAAUGAACUGAGAGCUGCACCAGAAGAACACCCAGUGUUAUUAACAGAGGCCCCCUUAAACCCAAAGGGAAAUCGUGAAAGGAUGACCCAAAUUAUGUUCGAGUCAUUUAACGUACCAGCAAUGUAUGUAGCCAUCCAAGCAGUGUUAUCUUUGUAUUCCUCUGGUAGAACAACAGGUAUCGUCUUAGAUAGUGGUGAUGGAGUUUCCCACACGGUCCCCAUUUAUGAAGGAUAUGCAUUGCCACAUGCCAUUAUGAGAUUGGAUUUAGCAGGACGAGAUUUAACUGAAUACUUAAUGAAGAUUCUUCACGAGAGAGGAUAUGGAUUUUCAACAUCCGCUGAAAAGGAAAUUGUGAGAGACAUCAAAGAGAAGUUAUGUUACAUUGCCUUAAAUUUCGAUGAAGAAAUGAAGACCUCCGAGCAGAGUAGUGACAUAGAAAAGUCAUAUGAAUUACCUGAUGGAAAUAUUAUCACUGUUGGAAAUGAAAGGUUCAGAUGUCCAGAGGCCCUUUUCCAGCCAUCCUUCCUGGGAAAAGAAGCAGCAGGAAUUCACACCACCACUUUUAACUCGAUUAAAAAAUGCGAUGUUGAUAUUCGUAAAGAUUUGUAUGGAAAUAUUGUGUUGUCUGGUGGUACAACCAUGUAUGAGGGCAUUGGGGAGAGGCUUACCAGGGACAUCACCACCUUGGCUCCAUCCACAAUGAAGAUUAAAGUGGUGGCCCCCCCUGAGAGGAAAUACUCCGUGUGGAUCGGAGGAUCCAUCCUGUCGUCGUUGUCCACCUUCCAGCAGAUGUGGAUCACCAAGGAGGAGUACGACGAGUCGGGCCCCAGCAUCGUCCACAGAAAAUGUUUCUGA